CGCUACAACACUAUAAGCGUUGCAUAGCUUUUAUACAGAGCUUCAACUAUUUGGCCGUAAUUUGUGUGUAAACCCAAUGCAAUGUGUGGUCACGUGUGAGCACAGGUCGUGUCUUAACAUCCCUUUCCGUUUUGAACGCUUAACGCGAGUGUUGUUUGUAUUGUCACUCAAUUGGCUUUAAAUCGCGAUUUAAUUCACAUCAAUGGCUACGGCGACGAAAGAGUCGGUGCCGUCAGUGCAAGUGUUUGGCCGCAAGAAGACGGCCACAGCUGUGGCCUACUGUAAACGGGGCAACGGUUUGAUCAAUGUUAACGGCCGCCCGUUGGACAACGUGGAGCCACAGGUGCUUAAGUUCAAGCUUUUGGAGCCCAUUCUGCUCUUAGGACAGGACAGAUUCUCUGGCGUUGACAUCCGAGUGCGCGUUCGCGGCGGUGGACACGUGGCCCAGAUUUACGCCAUACGACAGGCCAUCUCUAAGGCAUUGGUCGCCUACUAUCAGAAGUAUGUGGACGAGGCCUCCAAGAAGGAGAUCAAAGACAUUCUCAUCCAAUACGACCGAACACUACUGGUAUCUGAUCCCAGACGAUGCGAGCCCAAGAAGUUUGGCGGACCCGGUGCUCGCGCCCGAUACCAAAAGUCUUACCGAUAGAAUUGCAUUGUUUGCUAUUUUUACGUGUAAUUUAAUGGCAAAUUGAUUAAAAAAAACUAAUUUUGAGUUUUGAUAUAA